GUGGAGUUCACUUACUUGCCAAAAACAUUUAUCAAAACGGUAUUUUGUGGGUGGACAAAUCUCUCGCUACACUCUUCAAACCGACCAAAAGAUGCCAUGCCACUUCAGAGAGAUAAAAGCUCACAUCUGAUGAUUUCAGUGCCUGAAUUAUUUCGAUGUUUUACUAAUUAUAUGGCAAGAAUGACACAGAGAACAACAUCUCCAGUAUCCAGCUGUGUGUCUAUGAAGAGUAACAGCUCUAUUUGUCACCCUCCUGAUCUCAGUAAUAGAACAGUGACAUCUGACCCUGUUAGUGAAGGAGGUGAUCCAGUCUUUACUUCCUCCUCCAGUCAGAUCCACAUCAGGCAGCACAACAAAGCAGCUCUGCAGACACACACACUGCUGGAGGAUUCUCACCAACCGGCAGAUGAUGUCCUGCACAGAGUAAUAGAGACUCACAAAACCUACAUGAAAAGAAAGUAUGAGAGCUUAUUUGAGGGAAUCAAACUACAAAAGAAUCAAACCCUGCUGAACAGGAUCUACACACAGCUCUACAUCAUAGAGGGAGAGAGUAAAGGGGCGAAUGAAGAUCAUGAGGUUGUGCAGAUGGAGAAAACACCUAGAACACAUAAUUCACAGCACACUCCAAUAGGCUGCAAUGACAUUUUUAAACAUGUACCUAAACCAGGAUGUGAGGAGCAAAGAAAACAGAGGAAAGUUGAAAUCAAGACUGUUCUUACUAAAGGCAUUGCAGGAAUUGGCAAAACCGUCUCUGUGCAAAAGUUCAUUCUGGAUUGGGCCGAGGGAAAAGCCAAUCAGGAUGUAGAUUUCAUGUUUGUGCUUCCAUUUCGAGAGCUGAACUUGAUUAAAGAUCACCAGUACAGUCUUCACAAACUUCUGCUGUACUUUCAUCCUGAACUUCAAGUUCUAGACUCCAAGAUUUAUGAUGAAUGUAAAGUUGUCUUCAUCUUUGAUGGUCUGGAUGAAAGCAGAAUUACACUGAUGUUUUCACACAGACAUAAAGUUUGUGAUGUGCAUGGGUCUUCAUCGUUGGGUGUGUUGAUAACAAACCUCAUUAAAGGAGAUCUUCUUCCAUCCUCUCACAUCUGGAUCACCUCCAGACCAGCAGCAGCCUAUCAGAUUCCUUUUAAAUACUUCAACCGUGUGACAGAAAUUCAGGGAUUCAGUGACCCUCAGAAGGAGGAAUAUUUCAGGAAGAGAAUCAGUGAUGAGCAUCAAGCCAGCAGAAUCAUCUCACAUAUCAGAAGGGCAAGAAGCCUCCACAUCAUGUGCCACAUCCCCGUCUUCUGCUGGAUCUCAGCCACUGUGCUUCAAAACAUCCUAAAACACAAUGACAGUGAAGAAAUCCCUAAAACUCUGACAGAAAUGUACAUACAUUUUUUGCUCAUUCAGACAAAUAUAAGGAAUCAGAAGUAUGAAGAAAAUGACCCAGAGAAGCUCCUACAGUCAAAUAGACAAAUUGUGAAACUUGCUGAACUGGCUUUCAAACAGCUGAUGAAGGGCAAUGUGAUGUUCUAUGAGGAGGACCUGAUUGAGAGCGGCAUAGACGUCACUGAUGCCACAGUGUGUUCAGGGAUUUGCACUGAGAUCUUCAAGGAGGAAUCUGUGAUUUUUCAAAAAAAGGUCUAUUGCUUUAUACAUCUGAGCUUUCAGGAGUUUCUUGCUGCUUUCUAUGUGUUUUACUCAUAUAUUGUUAAGAACAUGCAAACGCUGAAACUUGUCUUUGUAGAGGUUAAGUGGUUGAAGUCUUGGAAGCUUUCUGAGCUACUAGAAUCAGUAGUUGACAAAACCCUGUCUAGUAAGACUGGACAUCUGGAUCUGUUCCUGCGGUUCCUACUGGGCAUCUCGCUGGAGUCCAAUCAGAGACUCCUACAGGGUCUUCUGACACAAACAGAGAACAGCUCAGAGAGCAUCAGAAACACCACUCAGUACAUUAAAUACACAAUCAGAGCUAACGAUGAUUUCUCAGCUGACAUAUCCAUCAAUCUGUUCCUCUGUCUGCUUGAAAUGAAGGAUGAGACUCUCUACAAAGAGAUACAGGACUUUGUGAAAUCAGACAAACACUCAGAGGAUAAACUCUCUCCUGCUCACUGUUCAGCAAUAGCUUACGUGCUUCAGAUGUCAGAGGAGGUGCUGGAUGAGCUUGACCUCAAGAAAUACAACACAACAGAGGAGGGUAGGAGAAGACUGAUACCAGCUGUGAACAACUGCAGAAAAGCUAUUAGAAGCGUCAGCGGGACCAGGCUCUGUGGAGGGAUCAGAAACAGGAUUAUGGUAAGGCUUAAGUAGUGAUACAUGGAAGGAUGAGUGAAUUCUGUAAUGUGCAGGAAGUUGGAGCUGGUAAGUGACAGGGUUAAUCUGAUGGAUGAUCUUGAUGGGGCUGAUGUAUCUGGGGCUCCGCUUUCUGCUGGGCAGACGCAGCCUGAUAUGUUGAAGUCAUUCAAGUUUGAUGGCCAGCAGUUCUCUAUUCCUGAUAUCAUUAUUUCUUUCCG